GCCUCUUGACUCUGAAUCUAGUCAGAUGAGUUCGUAGCUGCACAGUGUUCUAUCAGUGACCUUGUGAGACACCGAAGUUUACGAACACCCGCGCCGUGAAAAUGAAGCUUUUCCCUGUGCGGCUGUCCAACAUCAAUAAGAUGUUGGAUUUUUACUCCCAGUUUAAUCCAUCACCUUUGAGCAUUAAGCAAUUUAUCGAUUUUGGGCUAAAUGCAUGUCCCCGAAAGUCUUUUGUUUUUCUCCGUAAAGAGCUACCUGUUCGGUUGGCAAAUAUUAUGAAAGAAAUCACGCUGCUACCCGAAAGCCUGUUGCGAAUGCCCUCGGUCGGUCUCGUUAGUGCAUGGUACGUGAAAAGCUUCGAGGAAGUGCUUGCAUUCGAAAAAACUGACCCAACGGAAACAAAUCUAGAGAAAUUCUGCAAAUCGCUCAUCCAGAUUCGCGACCGUCACUCCGAUGUAGUGCAAACAAUGGCACAAGGCAUACUGGAACUGAAGGAAAGUCGUGAUGGAGCAAUUGAACCGUCGACUGAACUCUCGAUUCAGUACUUUCUGGAUCGUUUGUACAUGUCCCGUAUCAGUAUAAGAAUGCUCAUCAAUCAGCACACUAUACUGUUUGGAGAAAUACCCCAAACUGGGCGCCAUAUCGGCAGUAUAGAUCCUUUAUGCGAUCCUCAUAUGGUUGUACGGGAUGCUUACGAAAAUGCACGUUUUCUGUGUGAUCAGUACUAUCUCGCUAGUCCCGAACUCGAAGUCAUUGAGCAUAACGAGAUUGACAAAGGUAAUCCUAUAAAAAUUGUCUACGUACCGUCCCAUCUGUAUCACAUGCUAUUCGAGCUGUUCAAGAACUCGAUGCGUGCUGUCAUGGAACAUCACGGUACAGAGAACGAUGUCCCUCCGCUUAAAGUUACCAUCGUGAAGGGCAAGGAGGAUAUCUGCGUUAAGAUGUCCGAUCAAGGCGGCGGUAUUCCACGGUCACAGGUGGAUCAACUGUUCAAGUACAUGUACAGUACUGCGCCGCAACCACCGAAAUCGAAAACAGAUUUACCUUUAGUUCCGUUGGCUGGAUACGGAUACGGGUUGCCCAUCUCUAGAUUGUAUGCUAGAUACUUUCAUGGCGAUUUGGUUCUGUUCUCCUGCGAAGGAUACGGUUCCGAUGCAAUAAUUUAUCUGAAGGCAUUUUCAGAUGAAGCGAACGAGUUGCUCCCAAUAUUUAAUAAAACCAGCACGCGAUUCUACAAAGCAACCGUGCCAACCGGCGACUGGUCUAAUCAGGGAAAAAACUUUACCAACAGGUUGUUGUAGCACUUGUGCUAACAACGACCAUGGUAGGAUAAUGAUGUUUAGAGCUCAAGUGACAGAACGAUGGAUCUCAACUGAUCGUCGCCCUUUAUUUGCCUCAAUUUGAUGAAAGCUAUUCUUCCCUGCUUGCUUC